AUGUCGACCUCCAUACUCCCUGUACCAUCACCUCCCACGUUUGGGAUCACGUUUUGUGCGCGGCCGGGCGAGCCUGAGCGCGUCGACGUCGCGGUCGCCACCGACGAGGGCCGCAAGAGCCUCGACGAAGCCGCCGCGCACCUGCGCCGCGGCGAGCUUGUCGCGUUUCCGACCGAGACCGUGUACGGGCUGGGAGCGUGUGCGCUGCGUGCCGAGUCUGCGGCGAAAAUUUACCAGGCCAAGAACCGGCCGAUGGACAACCCGCUGAUUGUGCACGUCAGCGACCGUGCGAUGCUCCGCCGCCUCGUUCCGGCGUCGUACGAGGUGAAUAACGUGUGCUCCGCGCUGAUGGACGCUUUCUGGCCGGGGCCGCUGACGCUCCUCUUUCCGGUAGGCGCAGAGAGUGGCGAGCCGCUCGUGCCCCGCACCGUCACCUGCGGGCAGCAGACGGUCGGCGUGCGCAUGCCGUCGCACCCAAUCGCACGCGCGCUCAUUGCGCUGGCAGACGUCCCGAUCGCGGCGCCGUCGGCGAAUGCGUCCGGGCGGCCGUCGCCGACGUCGGCGGCGCAUGUCUACCACGACCUUGCGCCAAAGGGCGUGCUCAAGUACAUUGUCGACGGCGGCGCAUGCUCCGUCGGCGUCGAGAGCACGGUCGUGGAUGCGGUCACGGUGCCCGGCGAGGUGCGUGUGCUGCGUCCGGGUGGCGUAUCGGUCGAAGGGAUCCGGGACGCCCUGGCAGCGCACGGCCUGCUCGCCGGCGCGCCGAAUGCGACGAGCGACGCGGCGGAGCUCCGCGUGUACGGCAAGACGCUCGAGCGGACCAAGGCCGCAGAAGAGACGCCGACGACGCCGGGUAUGAAGUACCGCCACUACUCGCCCGAGGCGCGCGUGCUGCUUGUGCAGCAUGCGGCAACGUCGGACGUGUCUCUGCGUGCGCUCUUGGAAAAGCAGUGCGCCGCGCUGCAAGAGGCCGCUGCCGGCGCACACGACGCCACGGCCGCGCGGCGGCACGCCGGCGCGACGCGCAUCGGCGUGAUGUGCGCAGUCGACUCGCCGCUCAUGGCCGUCGUCGCCGAGCUUGCGCCCUCGCUCUCGUCCUGGGCGGGGGAGCGCCGUGCGGAGGCGGGCGGCAGCCGCCUCUCGCCGGUCGUCGCCGCAGGCGAGCAGCGUAUGUGUGUCUACUCGCUCGGCCUCCUCGCGACGCCUGCCAUGGCCGCGCAGCGCCUCUUUGACGGCCUGCGCACGCUCGACGCCGAGGUCGUGUGGGACGGCGCAGCGGGCGCCUGCGACCUGAUCCUCGUCGAGGAGAUCCCCGAGACGGGCAUGGGCCUCGCCGUGAUGAACCGCCUGCAAAAAGCUGCGACCGAGACGGUGGCGGUUGGGCGUAUCUAG